AUGAAAGAUGAUGGAUAUCAAGUGACGCACAUAAAUCUUGACGAGGGGACCGUUGAUAUUAAAUUCAUGGCAUAUUACCAACAGGAGGCGUUUAAAAUUAACAUUGAUGAAGAACCUAAUCUCUAUAUGGGUCCUUGGGGAACAUCAUCGGUGCAAUGGGCAGUCUCUAACCUAACCUGCCAGGAGGCACUGAUGGACAUGCCUAGUAAUGCAUGUGUCAGCAUCAAUAGCACAUUCUUAGUUGUCAACUCUACAAUGGAUGGUUUCUAUGGUUAUCGCUGCAAAUGCUCACGGGGAUUUCAAGGAAAUCCAUAUGUCCGAAAAGGUUGUCAAGAUAUUGAUGAGUGCAAGAAUACAAGAGAUAUAUGUGAAGAGGUUUGUCAUAAUACUACGGGAAGCUACUAUUGCAGCAAGUGUCUAGAUAAAAUGGACUAUGAUAGUACAACAAUGCAAUGUACUUCAACAAAAAGAAAAAACAUAUUUUCAGGUAUUAUCAUUGGGCUCGGCAGUGGCUUUGGGGUUCUACUUCUCAGCAUGAGUGGUGUUUUCAUUAUACACAGAUGGAAAAGAUACAUCCAAAGCCAGUUACGGAGGAAAUAUUUUAGGAAAAACCAGGGUCUUCUUUUAGAACAUCUUAUAUCAUUGGAUGAAAAUGCAAGUGAAACGACAAGGAUUUUCUCAAUUGGAGAGCUAGAAAAGGCAACAAACAAUUUCCAUCAAACACGUAUCGUUGGACAUGGAGGGCACGGCAUGGUUUACAAAGGCAUACUAUCCGACCAAAGGGUAGUGGCCAUAAAAAAGUCUAAGGUCAUUGAUCAAGGUGAGAUCAAUCAAUUCAUCAAUGAGGUCGCCAUCCUCUCUCAGAUAAACCACAGAAACAUCGUAAAGCUCUUUGGGUGUUGUCUUGAGACCGAGGUACCUCUGUUAGUGUAUGAUUUUAUCCCCAAUGGAUCAUUGUUUGGUAUUCUUCAUUCUAAUUCCAUCACUAGUUGUUUAUCUUGGGCUGACUGCAUAAGGAUUGCUGCGGAAUCAGCAGGAGCUCUCUCAUAUCUCCAUUCCGCAGCUUCGAUACCGGUCUUCCAUCGUGAUGUGAAAUCAUCCAAUAUACUCUUGGAUGGAAACUACACAGCUAAAGUUGUUGAUUUUGGGGCUUCGAGAUUAGUUUCUAUUGACCAAACUCACAUUGUAACGAAUGUACAAGGGACGUUUGGGUACUUGGAUCCAGAGUAUUACUACACUGGACACUUGAAUGAGAAAAGUGAUGUCUACAGCUUUGGUGUGGUACUCAUUGAGCUACUUAUUAGGAAAGAGCCAAUAUUCACAAGUGAAUCAGGCUCGAAGCAAAACUUAUCAAAGCAUUUUCUUUUGGUGUUAAAAGCAAGAUGGAUUACAGAAAUAGUAGUUGUCCAAGUUCUUGAUGAAGCAACCGAGGAAGAGAUUAGCAGCGUAGCUUCCCUUGCAGAGAUGUGCCUGAGGCUCCGAGGUGAGGAUAGACCUACCAUGAAACACGUGGAGAUGGCUUUGCGGGCUUUGCAAACAGAAAGGUUAAAAUUGUACCGUAUUGAUUCAAUAAAUGGAAAAGAGAAGGAACGAUUUCUAAAUCCAACAAGUGACAAUGAUAGCCCUGAUCAGGUGGUUGCUGCUGAUUCCAGUGCCAGUGCUAAUUCUCCAUCUGAAAACAUAAAAACGUGUUAUAGCUUUGAGCAAGAGUGGAUGUCAUAUGAUGGUGUAUCACACUAG